UAUUUUGCUAUGUAGCAUGUAUGACUGACCCUGUGCACAUGUGAGAGCGAUAUGAAGGGAAAGCAGUGUUGAUCAAAACUUCAAAAUACCGGAUUUUUCCUCACAUUGGAAUCAGAUCAGACAUGAAAAAUAAGCAACCUGUUGCCGACGACGCAGCAGAGAUGAUUCCCUCCGAGAGUCAUGAGGAGCAGGAGAAAGAGGCUCCGUCUAAAGCUAAAAGGAGCAAACCCGAAGACGCUGGGGGGGAGGAGAGUGUGUAUCAUCCGGUGAAGCUGUCCCGGAGUGAUCUGUACAAACCCCCCUCAGCAGAGGAGCUGAACCAGCUGAAAGAGGCAGAGAGUCUGUUUCACUGCAGCCUGCUGAAGAUGCAGAUGGAAGAGUUGCUGAAAGAGGUGGCCCUGAGUGAGCGCAAGAAACAGCAAAUCGAUUCUUUCAUUCAGACAGUCACCAAGCUGAUCCAGACUGUACCAGAAUCACCAGAGGUUGAGGUAAGUGACCUGUCAUGGCUGUCCAGUGAAGUGAAGGUCCCUUUCCUCCUGGUGCCCAAAGCAACGAAGGGCAAGUUCCACAUGGUGCCUCCUGCUUCUGUGGAUCUGAUCGGCAGCUACCCCCUGGGCACCUGCACCAAACCACGCAUCAGGGUGGACCUGGCUGUCACUAUCCCAGCUGAUGUCCUCCAUCCAAAGGAUGUUGUGAACCAGAGGUAUCCGAGGAAACGGGCACUCUACCUGGCAGGCCUGGCACAGUAUCUCGCAUCUUCCUCUGAAAUUGGAACCAUGCGUUAUUCCUGUCUCCAUGGCAAUCGACUCCGACCCGUUUUGCUGCUGACACCUCCAGGUAAAGACUCCUCCAGCUUCACUGUUAACGUCCAUGCCUGUCCGCCUCCUGGAUUCUUCAAGCCCAGCCGUUUCCACCCGCAGAAAAAUAAUAUCCGGACAGAGUGGUACACUGGAUUGCAGAACUCUCAGUCUGAGGGCACCGAACCUCCCACCCCUCAUUACAAUAGCUCUGUUCUGGGGGAUUUACUGCCCAGGCCGCACCUCCAGUUUCUUUCUGCUGUUGGCUCCCAGUGCUUCGCUUUUGCAGAUGGGGUGGCUUUGCUCAAAGUCUGGCUUCGACAAAGAGAGCUCGACCAGGGCACUGGUUGUUUCAAUGGAUUCCUGGCUUCAAUGUUGUUGGCCUAUUUGCUGAACAGUCGCAGAAUCAGCAACUCCAUGACAGCCUAUCAGCUGCUUCGAAACAGCUUGAACUUCCUGGCAUCUACAGACCUGACAGUGAAUGGAAUAAGCCUCGCCAAAGAUCCUGACUCUUCCGCUCCAUCUAUGGAAGAGUUCCACAAUGUUUUCCAGGUGGUGUUUGUGGACCCUUCAGGACAUCUCAACAUGUGUGCUGACAUGACUGCUUGUACCUACAAACAGCUGCAGCAUGAGGCAUCUGUGUCGAUGCAGUUCUGGGACAACCCCACGGUGGAUGGGUUCCACAGCCUCCUCAUGACCCCCAAACCCAUGAUAAGGACAAGCGACCAUGUCUUCCAGUUAUGUGAUCUGGUAAAGCUUCAGUCCAGCUGUAAGAAACUGGACCUCCUCAGUGAGUUGAUGGACCACAGUGGAAAUUAUGUCCACGCUACGCUCCCCUUUAUUCUGUCACUGCUGCAGCAAGGACUGGGCCAAAGGAUCAGCCUCCUCACCCACUCCCUCUCUCCUGACCCUGAGUGGUCUGUGGAGAGUGAAGCCCCAAAACACAAAGCCCAACCUCCCCUCUGCUUCGGUUUGCUUUUAAAGCCGGAGCUGGCAGCCUCUGUCCUGGAGAGAGGCCCACCUGCAGACAGCCCUAAGUCGGCUGAGUUCCGCCAGCUGUGGGGUUCUCGCUCCGAGCUGCGUCGCUUCCAGGACGGUGCCAUCACUGAGGCAGUGCUAUGGGAUGGAAAGAGCAUGUGCCAGAAACGACUGGUCCCCAGACAGAUCAUUACACACCUGUUACAGCUGCAUGCAGAUAUCCCCGAAAGUGCUAUACGGUAUGUGGGGGCGCUGUUGGAUGACGUCAUCAAAACAGGAAGUGAGGUGCCUAGUACUGGAGAGGAGGAGAGUUUACUGGUUGUUCAGUCCUAUGAUGACCUGAGUAGAAAACUGUGGAGGCUGGAAGGUCUGCCUCUCUCCAUCACAGCAGUGCAAGGAGCCCACCCUGCACUCAGAUACACACAGGUCUUUCCUCCUGUGCCACUCAAGAUGGACUAUUCCUUCUUUGACAAAGAAAAGACUUCCAGAUCAUUGGUGCCAAAAGAAGGCAAACCCUGCCCUGCUUACAUCACCCCUAUCACAGUGAUCUGUCACAUGGAGGGGAGUGGAAAGUGGCCACAUGACCGCUUAGCCAUUCGCCACAUCCGAACCGCCUUCCACAUCCGCAUGGGAGAGUUACUCAAGAAGCACCAUAAUUAUACAUGCAAGCCCUGCCCUACACACCUAGAUGUCUGGAAGGAUGGCUUGGUGUUCCGCAUCCAGGUUGCUUACCAUCGGGAGCCUCAAGUGCUGAGGGAGAGUGUGAAUGCCGUGGGGCUGCUGGUUGUUAGGGACAACGAGAAGGCUCAGGCUCUGGAGAUGGCCACAAAUCACAAGCCGAUACUCACCAGCACAUUGCAUGGUCUCCAGCAGGAGCACCCGUGUUUCGGGGCAGUGUGUCGCUUGGCCAAGCGUUGGCUGGGGGCUCAGCUCUUCAGUGAAGACAUCACAGAGGACACAGCAGACCUGCUGGUGGCGUCCCUCUUCCUGCAGCCCGCACCCUUUACUCCUCCUGGUUCUCCUCAGGUUGGCUUCCUUCGUUUCCUUAAUCUGCUCGCCUCCUUUGACUGGAGGAACAACCCGCUGAUAGUCAACCUCAACAACCAGCUUGCAGUCUCCGACUACACAGAGAUCAAGAAUGACUUCAUGGCCUCCAGGGAGUCUCUGCCUGUCAUGUUUAUAGCUACGCCUAAAGAGACGAAACAAUCCAUGUGGACCAAGAAAGGACCCACUGUACAGAUGCUACAGCGUGUCGUGAUGGUGGCAGCAGAGAGUCUUAAAUUACUGGAACAUCAGUUGAUGGACAGCAACCAGACACAAGAUGUCAGGGUGGUCAUGCGCCCUCCGCUGGAUGCUUACGACGUGCUGAUUCAGCUGAACCCCAAGCAGGUUCCCCUGCUCGUUCAGGCAGUGGACCCCCCGACUGUCACCUUCAGCAGGGGCGCCAUCGCCGGCAGUGCGGGCCAGACUGGAGGGGCCCUGCCUGUCGUGGACUACAACCCUGUGACCCUCUACUUGGCAGAGCUCAGAGAAGCUUUCGGGGACCUGGCCCUCUUCUUCUGUGACCCGCAUGGUGGAACAGUGAUCGCAGUUUUGUGGAAGCCAAAGGCUUUCAUGCCAACACCCUUUAAGACGUCACAGCUAUCAGCUCGGAGCGUGGAGGUGACUGGAGAUGAAGCAAAAACCAUUCCUAACGUCGAAGCAAUACUGGAGGACUUCUGUGUCAUGGGAAAGGGUUUGAUCAAAUCAGUGGAAGCCAGGACUGAAAAAUGGUCAUUUUAAACGCAGUAUUUUCACCAGGUACAUUACAGUGCAUUACAAUAUCUUUGUUUUUGUUUGUGCCUGACUUGAAAACUUCAAACAAUGAAAACAUAAAGACAUCUUGGACAUUUUGUUAACAAUAUUAUAGGUUAAUACAUUUGCUGUUAAAGAUGAGCCAGGUGAUUUGUUUUGUUGAUGCAAUAUCAUGUCUAAUAAAUGCUUAUCUACACUUUUUGAUUCAUA